UACUCCGCGAAGUGAACUCAGCUUGCCUGCCUUCCAAGCAGCAUUGAGGAAUGUUCUAAUAUAGAUGUCCAUCAGGACUAUGAACCCCAACUUUGACAUGAAAAGCAAGGGAUCUUCCCCCUAUUCUUGGUCCUUUUCUAUCAGAGCCUCUCCAGCCCUGUCCCUACUGCCACCUUUACACCCAGGGCUCUGCUCACCUCCCAGUUGAGGAGGGAGAGGAAAGUCCAGCAGCUCUGUCAGAGGCAUGAGAGUGGGCCGGCCCUCUGCAGCUAUGAAAGGGUUAAGAGGCUGGGCCAGCCACUUCAGCCUGCCCCACCCAGGGAUUCAGAGUCCUCUAUAAAGGGGACUCUCCACCCAAAUCAGGCCAAGGAGGAUCAGGGACCCAGGCCCUGUGCCCAUCCCUUUGCCAUGUGGGAGCUGCAGUCAGCCUCCUUCUGGAGGGCCAUAUUUGCUGAGUUCUUUGCCACCCUCUUCUAUGUCUUCCUCGGGCUGGGGGCCUCACUGCAUUGGGGCCCUGGACCCCUGCCUGUCUUGCAGGUGGCUCUGGCCUUUGGCCUGGCCCUGGCAACCCUGGUGCAGGCUGUGGGCCACAUCAGCGGCGCCCAUGUCAAUCCUGCGGUCACUUUUGCCUUCCUUGUGGGCUCCCAGAUGUCCCUGCUCCGUGCCUUCGGCUAUAUGGCAGCCCAACUCCUGGGAGCUGUGGUGGGGGCGGCCAUGCUGUACAGUGUUACCCCACCUGCUGUCCGAGGAAACCUAGCACUUAACACGUUGCACCCUGGGGUGAGUGUGGGCCAGGCCACCGCCGUGGAGAUCUUCCUCACGCUGCAGUUCGUGCUCUGCAUCCUUGCCACAUACGAUGAGAGGCGGAAUGGCCGCUUGGGCUCUGUGGCCCUGGCCAUUGGCUUUUCCCUCACCCUGGGGCACCUCUUUGGGAUGCAUUACACUGGUGCAGGCAUGAACCCUGCCCGCUCCUUUGCUCCUGCCAUUCUCACCAGAAACUUCACCAACCACUGGGUAUACUGGGUGGGCCCAAUCAUUGGAGGGGGCCUGGGCAGCCUCCUCUACGACUUCCUCCUCUUCCCCCGGCUCAAGAGUGCUUCUGAGAGACUGUCUAUCCUCAAGGGAACCAGGCCCAGGGACUCCACUGCACAACCAGAGGGCACAGGAGAACCUGUUGAAUUGAAGACCCAGGCCCUGUAGAAGCUCCAGUUGGACAGAGGGAGUAGGAAGCUUCUGAGUUUAUGAGGAGGGGCUAAGCCACCCCUGGAUGAAGAAAGGGGCUGUGGGGAGGGGCAUGUACUUCUUUAUUUUUUAAUUUAUGUGUGAGUUGUUGUUGUUUUUUGCCUUUUGCUGUGUGAAAUCUUUCAAGUUGCAUUCCUGAGCUGGUCGGUGCAAGCUUC